GACAGCUGGACCACAGAGGGGCCGACCCCGAAACACUGGUGCAGCUCUGGAGCAGGUGAGGAGGAACGCUUUCGCAGAAUCCUCAGGGAGUCGCUACCAGGAGGGCGUCCCUCAGGUCCUGAUUCUGUUGACUGGGGGAAGAUCCGGAGACGAUGUCACAAGAGCUGCCGCCGAUCUGAAAAAGGACAAAGUUGUCCCUUUCUGUGUCGGAACAAAAUCUGCCGACAUUUUAGAGCUCCAAUUGAUUGCUCAUAACCCAUCCUAUGCCUUCUCUGUUCUUACAUUUGAUGACAUUGGAAGCAUUCGUCAGCAGCUUGAGUCUUUGGUGCAAAGGGUGCCACGGCAACAGCCCAGAGAAAGAGCACUUAAUGUUUUAGGUUCCACACAACAGAGAGAGUUCAUGCACAGAGACAUUGUGUUUUUAAUGGAUUCCUCUGAUGAAAUGCUGAGUGACUUCACACAAGUGCUUGGCUUUAUUGAGCAGAUGGUGGAGAAACUCACUGUGGGUGAGAGGAAAGAUCAAGUUUCUGUGGUUCAAUACAGCAACGAACCUUCUGUCGAGUUUCUCCUGAACACACACAAAUCACAGCAGAGCGCUGCCGACGGUUUAAAAACCAUCAGACACAAAGGAGGCAGGUCGCGCAACACAGGGCAGCUCUGAAUUACGUCAAGGAAAAUGUUUUCACAACUUCCUCUGGAAGCAGACGCCAACAAGGAGUCCCUCAGGCCCUGGUUCUUCUGACCAGUGGACGCUCAAAUGACGAUGUCAGGAGCGCUGCGGAAAACCUAAAAGAAAUUGGUGUGAUGAUAUUUGUGGUGGGAAUAAAGAAUGCAGACAUCCUUGAGAUGCAGUCCAUUACCCAGGAAGCCAGUCAAGUUUUCCUUGCAGCAGACUCCAGUGACAUGUCAGACACUGAACAAGAAAUCCUCACAUCCAUUCAGACGAGUCAGAAGUACGUUGCCACAACAGCGUCAGAUGGUAAGAUUUUAACAGUUUGCCCACAGCUUGAUGAAUGCUUAGUUUUCGUCGGUGGCCGUUCACUGAAUCAGCCAACUUGUCUGGUUCAUCUGGCUCCAGAUCCCAGCAGCAGAGACAUCGUGUUUCUGAUUGAUGGCUCUGAUGAUUCUCAGCGAAGAUUCCCAGACAUCACAGAUUUUGUCCAGAGAAUAGUGAGAGACUUGAGCAUUGGUCCCGACAGUGACCAUCUGGCUGUGGUCCAGUACAGCAGCACCGCUGAGAUUAAUUUUAACCUGAGUCGCUUCAUGACUGAGGAUGAUGUUCUGGAAGCGGUUGAUGGCCUGACUCACAAAGGAGGUUAUCCUAAAAACAUUGGAGCUGCUCUCCAGUAUGUGAGAGACCACGUCUUUACUCCAGAGUCAGGAAGUCGGAUCCGGCAGGGCGUCCCACAGAUGCUAGUGCUGCUGAGCGGAGGACGAUCUGGGGACGACAUCAGAACCUCAGUGAGGUUACUGAAGGAAAUGGGUGUUUCUAUAGUUGCCAUCGGGACGAGUGAUGCAGACACCUUAGAGCUUCAGACAAUAUCUCAUGAACCCAGAUAUGCACUGUCUGUUACUGACUAUGAGGAACUGUCCACUGUCAAGCAGGACGUGUUGUUGUUGUUGAGAGAGCCGUCCCAACAUGUGGUGCAUUCAGUAGAUUUUGAUUCAAAGAAAAGCGAUGUUGUUUUUCUAAUUGAUGGCUCCUAUGACUCAAGAAAUGGCUUUGAGGAGAUUCGAGCCUUUAUUCAAAGAAUUGUUGAAAAUUUAAACGUGAGUCAGAACGGAGACCAAGUAGCUGUUGUUCAAUACAGCCGUGACGCCACAGCUAAUUUCUACUUGAACUCCUAUUCGUCUAAGAGCGAUGUGCUCAGUUCCAUUAGAACGAUGAGGCAUAAGCUGGGACGGCCGCUUAACAUCGGUAAAGCACUGGAGUUUGUCAAGGACCAUGUCUUUGCUGCUUCAGUGGGAGGCAGAGGAGCCGAUCGGGCUUCUCAGCAUCUGUAUUUGUUCAGUGGUGGUAGGUCUGGAGAUGAUGUUAGAGGACCAGCUCAGAUACUGAAAGCCAAAGGGAUAAAGACUUUGAGUAUUGGAACAAAGAAUGCAGAUACAUUGGAAAUGCAAACAGUGGCUUACACACCUGGACAUUAUUUUUUUGUUCCAAACUAUGAAAACCUGCAAAGAAUUCACACAUCUGUGGAAACCAAACUGAGGGACUCACAAGAAACCACUGAGUUCACAACUGACACUUCUACAGAUGUAGAAACGGAACAUCAGAAAGCUGAUAUUGUUUUUCUUGUUGACGGAUCCGAUAACAUGCAACCUAAUGAAAGACUAAUUUUGGAGUUUGUGACAGAUUUUGUCAAGAAGUUAGAAAUUGGGCCGAGUAAAGCACAGGUUGCUCUGGUCCAGUACAGCACAGAACCUACUGCUGACUUUACCUUGAACAGAUACUCAGUGAAGGAGGACACCUUGAAUCACCUGAGCAAUGUGAAGCUGAAAGGAGGUGGCUCAGUAAACACCGGCAGAGCCAUUGAUUUUGUGAGGAAUACGAUCUUCACUGCUUCAUCGGGAAGCCGGCUCCAGCAGGGAGUCCCACAGGUCCUGGUCCUUGCAAGUGGGAGAAAGUCUGAGGAUGAUAUCCUACGCCCAGUGGGAAUGCUGAAAAACGCUGGAAUUGUUGUGUUUGCUGUUGGAGUGGGCAGUGCAGACAGGUCUGAGAUGGAGCGGUUUGCCCCAGGGGCAUGGUAUUUUCUCAAGGAGUCAUCUGAUUUUCCGCUGGUGAGGCAGCAGCUGUUGUCAGCCACUGCCGCUCUCAGAGGCUCUGUAAGCCCAGGGAUUGGUUCUAGUUCCACAAUGAAAAGAGAUAUUGUAUUUCUCAUUGAUGGAUCUGAUGACGUCAGGAACACAUUCAGCACCAUUCGUGAAUUCAUCGCAAACCUGGUUCAAAAUUUUGAUCUAGACCAUGAGCAGGACAAAGUUGCUGUUGUCCAGUAUAGCAACAAGGCUGAAAUCAGUUUCGGUCUCGAUUCCUUUUCUACAAAAGAUGACGUUCUCCAGCACAUUGCGAGCCUCAAGCCAAAAGGCGGCCGCCCUCAGUACAUCGGGGCAGCUCUACAGUUUGUAAAAGACAAAGUUUUUGUCUCAAAUGCUGGUGGGCGAAAAAAUGAAGGCGCACAGCAGAUACUUGUUGUACUGGCCGGGGGAAGGUCAAGAGAUUCGCCGCGGGGCCCGGCAACCGCACUAAAACGUGGGGGGGUUGUCAUAUUGGCAGUUGGAUCAAAACAGUCGAAUUCAGCUGAAAUGCAGGCCAUUUCAUCUGACACAGACUACACCUACUCUGUCCCUGACUUUGUAAAUCUGCCUCGUAUUCAACAACUUCUGAUGAGGCGUCUUACUGGAAUCAAGAGUCAGGAGACGACAGAAGGUAAGGGUGAAGGUUUAAAGGUCACAUAUAUACAUAGUGGGUGAAAAGUGUUGCCACCUUACUCACUUCCUAUUUUUUGCAUGUUUGUCAAACUUCAGUGUUUCAGAACAUCAAAUCAAUUGAAAUAUUAGUCAGACAACAAGUAACACGACAUGCAGUUUUUAAAUGGUGUUUCUACACCUACAUGGCCCCAUUAAAGGAAAAGUGAUUUAUCACACCUGAGCUCCAACCUGAUUCCUCUUCUGUUCUCGUGACAUCACUUAAAUCAAGGGAUGCAUUGAUCCACCGUAAUACAGACAUCUGAGGUUUAGUAUCUGCCAAUUCUAAACCUCAGUUUCCUGAGGGAGUCUUCCCAAGGGAUCAAUAAAGUACUAGUCUAAGUCUAAGCAAUGCAGAAAAACUGCUGAAUUGACUUUUUUUUUAAACAAACAGAAAUGUAGUGAAUUACAAAUUUAUUUCCUAGCUCAGUAAAACAUACUUCAAUAUACCAACAACUUCACAAGUUUCAGCUGUUACUGAACGACUUUAAUUUGUUCAGUUAAUGCAGUUAGGAGCAUAACAGUCAAUGUAAAUUAAAAAAACCUGAAACUGACAUAAACAAUAGGUUGACUGCUUUGGGCAGAAAUGCAAAUGUGAACUGCAUCAACCUUUCUGUCAUGCUUCAGGAAGUGCGAUUAAAAUCAAUGCAAAAUAAAUAAACGCAGAAGAAAAGGGCAGAAGUAUUUGUUUGAAUCAAAAUACAGAAACAAACGAUCUCUUCUGCACCAGGAAAUAAUGUGUGGAUAAUAUUAUCCACACAUUUGUACCAGUUGCAUUUAAAUAAAUGCAGAGCAUCAUAAGCAAGCUGAAUCGUACAAAGCAAAAACCAGCAGUCCUACCGUUCACAGAAUCGAAUUGCCCCAUCAGGU